AUAAUUCUUUGCUUCUAAUUGUUAACCAGUAAGUUUUGUAAAUCAAGUCAAUUGUCAGAAUUUAUUGGAGAUCUGACCUUCCCUUUCAGAGCCGCUUGCUGCUUCUCUUUUAUUCUUCCGAAUUCAUCAAACUUCUUGAAUAAUCAUCAUGCGUGAAUGUAUCUCAGUCCAUGUUGGUCAAGCUGGUGUGCAGAUGGGAAAUGCCUGCUGGGAGCUGUACUGCUUGGAACAUGGAAUCCAACCCGACGGACAGAUGCCGAGCGAAAAGACAGUGGGAGGCGGCGAAGAUUCAUUCACAACGUUUUUCAGUGAAACUGGAGCUGGAAAAUAUGUACCAAGGGCAGUGUUUGUUGACUUGGAAGAAACUGUUGUCGACGAGGUUCGAACCGGGACGUACAGGCAGUUGUUUCACCCGGAGCAAAUGAUAACAGGAAAGGAAGACGCGGCUAACAAUUACGCUAGAGGACACUACACCGUUGGCAAGGAAAUGAUUGACCAAGUUCUAGAUCGAAUCCGAAAGCUGGCUGACCAGUGCACUGGCCUCCAAGGAUUUCUGAUUUUCCACUCUUUCGGUGGAGGCACUGGAUCGGGCUUCACUUCCUUGCUAAUGGAGCGCUUGUCUGUUGAUUACGGCAAAAAGUCAAAACUGGAGUUCGCUGUGUAUCCCGCGCCGCAGAUCUCCUCUGCUGUUGUUGAGCCCUACAACUCAAUUUUGACAACUCACACUACUCUGGAGCACUCGGAUUGUGCUUUCAUGGUUGACAACGAGGCAAUUUACGACAUAUGUCGUCGAAAUUUGGGCGUGGAUCGACCAUCAUACACGAACUUAAACCGACUCAUUGGACAAAUUGUGUCAUCAGUCACUGCUUCUCUUCGCUUUGAUGGAGCUUUAAACGUCGACUUAACUGAGUUUCAGACGAACUUGGUGCCGUACCCAAGAAUCCAUUUUCCGUUGACAACUUAUGCGCCUGUCAUCUCGGCUGAAAAGGCGUAUCACGAGCAGUUGACAGUUGGUGAGAUAACUAACUCGUGCUUCGAGCCUGCGAAUCAAAUGGUGAAAUGCGACCCGAGACACGGAAAGUACAUGGCUUGUUGCUUGUUGUACAGAGGCGAUGUUGUACCGAAAGACGUCAAUGCUGCUAUCGCUACCAUCAAGACUAAGAGAAGCAUCCAGUUCGUAGACUGGUGUCCCACUGGAUUCAAGGUUGGAAUCAACUACCAGCCACCGACUGUUGUACCCGGAGGUGAUCUGGCCAAGGUGCAAAGAGCAGUCUGUAUGCUAAGCAGCACCACUGCUAUCGCUGAAGCUUGGGCUCGACUGGACCACAAAUUUGACUUGAUGUAUGCGAAGCGAGCUUUCGUCCAUUGGUACGUCGGAGAGGGAAUGGAAGAGGGCGAGUUCUCCGAGGCCAGAGAGGAUCUGGCUGCUCUGGAAAAGGACUACGAAGAGGUCGGAGUUGAUUCGGUCGAAGUUGGCGAAGAGGAGGAAGCCGAAGAGUAUUGAAAAGGCUCACGCUGCUGGAGCCUGAAGGUCUGAGCUUCGUAUUUUUCUAUCCACCUUACAUUUGAUUAGUGACUCUAACCAAUAGUUUGAUCUGUAGUUGAUGCAAUAAGUUGAUGGUUUUAAAGCUGUGGUGAUGAGUGAUGUUAUCUUGUGUGAUAGAUGAGGUUUGUUUAUUGUUUCGCAAUAACCAAUUGCUGUGCAAUACACGUUUUUUUUGUGAAUUUAAAAACUACUACCCAUGAA